UUAUGUAUCAAAUUUCUUCAUAACUUCAUCUAGGUAACUAGCACAACACUCCAUGCAUGGCUGAAAUCCACACUCAAACUCCAACAAUUAGUCCCAUGAUAAGCAAACCAUGUAAUCCUCCACAAGGUUAUAAACUCAAUUCAAUGGUUCUUGUAGCAGCUAUAGUAUGUGCUUUACUUUGUGCUCUUGGCCUCAACACAAUGUUACAAUGUGUAUUCCAAUGUGCCAACCGUGUCCUUACUGAACCUCUACAAUGGAUUGCUACUCGAAGACGCAAUUCCGGACUCAAGAAGAAAGAAAUGGUUGCUUUGCCAACAUCAAUUUAUAAUACUCAUUCACCUCCAUCUUUGGAUUCUAAUUGUGCCAUUUGUUUAGCUGAGUUUUGUGAUGGAGAUAACAUGAAGUUGCUACCAAAGUGUAACCAUCGUUUUCAUGUUGUUUGCAUUGAUGAAUGGUUACUUGCUCAUUCUUUUUGUCCUACUUGUAGGAAAAUGAUCAAGUCCAAUGAUUCAGUACACUGCUUAAGCAUUGUCAUAUCAUAGUUAUUUUUUAUGCAAGAAUUUACAUAUCAUAUUCUACGUGCUAUCUAUGUCUCUUGUGCUUGUAUUUUUUGGGAAAGAAAAUGUUUG